AUGAGUCCACUGCAAAAGUCACAGAGCAGAACAGGGAGAGGCUCUAAGGAGGAGGAGGUCUUUAUCCAGCUGGCGCAGAGGAGGAGGGAGAAGCACUGGAAAUUUAAUCUUGAAGCAAAGAUGCAAGUGUUAAUGCCUGAGCCUCAGAUUUAUGUAGAAAGAACUCUGGCCCUCAUCAAACCAGAUGUAAUUGACAAAGAAGAAGAAAUAGAAGAUAUAAUUCUCAGAUCAGGAUUCAUCAUUGUUCAGAAACGAAAGCUCCAACUAAGCCCAGAGCAAUGCAGCAACUUUUAUGCAGAUCAAUAUGGCAAAAUGUUUUUUCCUAAUUUAACAGCAUAUAUGAGUUCUGGGCCUUUAGUUGCUAUGGUUCUUGCCAGACAUAAUGCUAUCGCUUACUGGAAAGAGUUGAUUGGACCAUCAAAUAGCAUAAGAGCUAAGGAAACACACCCUGACAGUUUAAGAGCAAUCUAUGGGACAGAUGAUCUGAGGAAUGCAGUUCAUGGCAGUAUCCGAUUUUCCUCAGCAGAAAGAGAAAUUCGAUUCAUGUUUCCUGAAGUGAUUAUUGAGCCAAUUCCAGUUGGACAAGCUGCUAAGGAUUACCUGAACCUCUAUGUCAAUCCUACACUUCUAGCUGGGCUCACCGAGCUUUGUAAGCAGAAACCAGCAGAUCCAUUGAUUUGGUUUGCUGAUUGGUUGAUAGAACAUAAUCCCAAUAAACCUAGGCUACAGCAGCGGAUAACUGUGGAAGAACCUUAA